UCGGGCAGAUCUUAUAAAACUAAUUAAGAAAAGGGAAAAAACCCUUCAUUAAGUUCUUUCUCUUUCUAAUCUAGCUAUCGUCUGAACUGAAACUGCUGAACUCUCAAGGAAGGAGGUUGUAUGUAUGUAUGUAUGUGUAUGGUCGAUGGUCAUGAUGGCUAGUCAGGGUUAAUGCUUGCUUAAUUGUACAAAUUAAAAUCUGCUUUUGGUGGAGAACCUGAUACCUCCUUUGAUGUGUAAUAAAUGAAAGAGAUAGAUGACGAUAAUGAAGUGUAGUGGAUGAAGAUCGGAAUAUAUAAAAGGGUCAUAUAUAGAUAAUUGAAAAGAAGUGGAAUCUAGUGGUGAUUUAUUUUUGGAAGAGCUUAUGUUAUGCUGAAAACUAAGUAUAAUAAGAAUAGUUGUAAUAAGGAGGAAAGCUCUAUCUUGUGUACUGUUGUAGAAACAGCACAAGAGGAGAUAAUAAGUUGUUCAUCUUCAGAUGUUAUCCAUUGAAAAUAACAAUCCAGAUCUCUCAUGUUCUUCUCACAAGAUUUCAGGACUGAAAAAUCAUGAAAGGGGUACAACUGAUACAGUUACUUUGGAACAACAACAACAAGAUCAUACAGAUCUGUCACAGUCAGGCCUUACUGAUUAUGAUAAUCACCAUCACCUUCCCACCUUCUCUUUAAGAGAUUAUGUGUUUACAGCUAGACGAAAAGGUAUUGAGAAGAGCUGGCCUUUCCCUCAACAGUAUCUAGAUAUUUGUUUAAAGCAUGGAGUUAGAGAUCCAUUACCACCUUUCGAACCUCCUGAUUCAGUAAGAAACCUUUGUCUUCGUAACCAAAGUUUAGUUGAAGUUAAUUCGCUCAGAAAGGAUGAAGAGAACGUUAUUUUAGAUGAAGAAUCCCUUCAUAAAAAGUUCAAGUCUUGCGAACGCAAUCAUCAGUCUGUUUUGAGAUUUUCAGAUCAAACACGAACUCUGUUGCAAGAACCGAAGAAGUUAACAUCGGGACCUACCGGCAAAGAUUUGUGUCCAGGUUUGCAUGAGAUUGACGAAGAAACUGUACCGACAAUAAUUACUAAUCCUCUAUCUAAAAAGGAGAGACUUUCUGUAAGUAGACUCGCUGCUUGUUCCAGAGAAGUAGCAACCACUUCUUCAAAAGCCUCGAAAGAACAUCAAGUUCCAGUAGCAUCAAAGAAGAGCAGAAAGGUCAUUGAACCAACUUCUAAGAAGUGUAAAGUAGUUGAGAAAUCGGGUGUAGUAUCUAAUCCCAGUCGUACAGAAGAUACCGUGUCAAACACAGCGAUCAUAUCUGAAUCUAUGGCUUCCAAAGUCUGCCCUGUUUGUAAGACAUUCUUGUCUACCUCGAACACCACUUUGAAUGCUCACAUUGACCAGUGCCUAGCAGUGGGAUCGACAUCGUCCAAGUUAGAUGUGAAUAUUACGCCAAGCAAACAUAAAAUAAAGCUGGUGAAGAAGAGGUUGAUGGUGGAUAUCUACAAAACUGCCAUACGAUCCACUCUUGAAGUCCUCGAUAGGAGAAACGGUUCAAAUUGGGCUGUAGAGUCGAAGACUCCUACACCAGAUGCUGAGGUUUGUACUGAAGGCAAAAGGCGAAGGCUCUCCCAAACAUAUCCCGAGGAUAUCGGUGAUGAAAGUGCAGUAUAUUUAGACUCGAAUGGUAGAAAAAUUCUAAUCCUAUCAAAACUUGAUGAGGUACCAGUUCCGAGAUCAGGUGAGGAUUCCAAAGGAAAGAGGCCAUUAAAUGAGAGCAAAGAAAAGAAUAUGGGUUUGGUCGGAAAGGUUAAAUGUGUUGGAUCAAAAGAUGGUAAACAUCUGAAAUUCAAGCCUCAAAACAAAAAGACAUGCUCUCUCAGUCGAACCGAGCUGAUUCGUGGCACUGGGGAUGAGAAAGAUGGCAUGAACGUUAAUUUUGAGGAGGACCCUAUGCCAGAACUUCCAAAGGCUCGUGACAGUUCCGUUGUUGAGUUAAAGCAAUGGGUAUGCUCUAAAAGGACUGGUUUGUCUACGAAGUUAGAUGGAAAAGAUGCUUGUCGAGGAUUAAGAUAUAUAUCACUGACACGAAACCCAUUAGUUGAGAAUAUUCAGUCAAAUGUCAGCAACUCUCCUGAGGAGAUACUCCAAAAUCCUCCUACUCCAAAAUUUGACAAAGAGGUGGCUGGGUCUCCAAAAGCCACUGUAAAUCGUUUUAACUGCUUGAAUGAGGGUAUCACUUCUUAUACACAUGGAUGUACUCUGAAAUUGUCAAGGACUUCCAAAAAUCUCGUUACUUCUCCAAGGAGCAAGAGAGUAGAGGUCCAAAGUGUAGCCAUUGCUGAAACGUCUGCCAGUUUGCCCAAGAGGAAGGCUGUAUACCCCUCAGUUGAACCAUCUUUUUCUAAGUCAAAACCUUAUGAAGGGGAGAAAAGCUGUAUCUGGAAAAAGUCUCGCAUGCAUAGAUCCACAACGAAGACAAGGGAGCAGGUUAAAACUGUUUGGUCGGAUGUGAAUGGGCAAUACAGUCGGAUGGAUGAUUCUUCGGAAAACAACCGUCGAAGCCUAGAUCAAAUCCGAGGGGGUCAUGAAUCUAAUAGACCAAACAAAUUUGCAAGGAGUGAAGAAAUAGAUAUGUGCAUCAGUGAUGUAGCGGUAUCUCAACAAGAAUCAGAAAAAUCUGGAAGGAAGAAGACCAAAGUUUUGGGAGGUUUGGAGUCGGAACCCAAAGCUCCAACUGUGUCUUCUCAUGUUGAAGUUCAUUUUAGGACUGGUUUUUUCCCGGAAAAAUUGAAUGACAUGGAAUUUGCUGCUGAAGAAACUUCUUUUAGUGGGAAGGAUGCUACUAUGGAGCAUCUGCCUCCAAAUGCUAGAUCCAACUGUUACCAAUCAUGUGGAAGUGAAGCUUGGGGACUUUCUUCUGAACAAACUGUUUGUGAUGGUCAACAAGGCUUAAGUUAUUCCAGAAAUGUGAUAGAUGUAACUCAAAGAACUUAUAUGGCACCAAAUGUGGAUUUUUACAAGGUUGAUCGGGGGAACUCUUUUGUAGAAAAUGAACACACAGAAUGUGGGAGUGAGCAGAUAUCUAUACCAGGACCACCAGGGUUCUUCUUGCCGAGUCCGGGGGAAGAUAUUAAUUCAGAUGUUCAUGUUGAUAGUUCUUCAUUAACGUCAAACAGGUUACCAUCUUCUCAAGAUCGAUCUGUGUUACUCGAUAGAGAUUCUUCAGGAUCUCCUGUUUCUGCAACCUCUACAAUCUCUCACUUGCAUACACAUACAAUCUCGGAUUCAGAUUGUGCGGAACCAAAUCCAGUUGUCGGAUCUCCGUCUGUUCUUGAAAAGCUUGUAAACAAUCUCUCAUCAAAUGGUAACAAUACCAAGCCUCCAAUGAUAAGAGAUGUUAACCCAUUUUCAUGUUCACCAAACAUGGUAAAUGCACAGAGAAAUUUGGGUAUGCUGAGCCGGAAAGAUACUAAAAAAUCCAUGGUGGCGGAAUCUCUGAAAUUCUCAGAUGAUCAAUCACCAUGUUGUUGCUCAAAGAAGGAGAGAAUCCCUUGGGAUGAUUCUAUAACAUAUCAAGCUCCACUCCCUCGACAACACCACAUGGGGCCAUCCGUUUCUCCUUCCGUUGGAUCACAGAUGAAUUACAACCCAAAAAGCAGGCCUGAGUUGGGGUUUGCUUCUUACAGCAAUUGCUCGAGUUCGAAGUUCAAUGAGAAUACGCAUCCCAUGUUGGAUUCGUAUAGGGAUUCUGUUUCUUUGAGGACAUAUCGAGAUGCUGCAUCGAAGUUCCCUAGCCAUCAUGAGUUCAGUUUCACCAAUUCAUCGUCUCAGUCUCAUCAUCAUACCCAGUCCCCCUCAAAUCCUGUGCUGAGAUUGAUGGGUAAGAACUUAAUGGUGGUAAGUAAGGAAGAUGAUUCAUCAUCCCAACUCAAAACUACUGCACCAGAUUCAAAUUAUUCGACACAACGUGGUUUUCCUACAGGCAAUAUGACAACAACUGAUGAGGACUUCAGUUCUUUUUAUCAUAUGACUUCCAAUGGUUCUGUCAUCUUCAACAAAUGUCGCCGAGAUGAAGCCAUGGAUCGUGUUGAUGUCAAUCUUUGUGAAAGUUCACGAAAUCGUAGUCAUUCUAGCCAUAGGAAUUCACAACCUCUAGCAGAGAAUCAUUAUGUUAAUAAUCACUAUGUGGGAGGUUUAACUGGAUCCUUCUUGCCGCAUCAGUCCCCAAAAGGUGUAAUGGAUCACACGCAGAGUUCUAAUCUUCAGAAGAAUUUUGUUGGCAGAUCAAAUUCUCAUUUCAGAUACAAUGACGAAAGAGGUACUGCUGCUCCACAACAUAACUUAAAUUCUGCUUACGUUGCUACCAGUUUUAACCGUGACGUGAUAGUCAUCGAUGAUUCUCCUGACAAUGAAGAUGCCAAAUUAGGAAGGGAAUUCACAGGCGAAUCUAGGCAGCAGUACUCUCCAGCAGCCAUGGGUAUUCCCAACCAGGAUCCUAAUUCGAGACAGGGGAAUCCGUUAUAUCGAUACCAGUCAGUGAAUCAUUUUUCACCGAGGGAAGCAUCCGUUGGAACAUACCCCAUGCUUUGGGCAGCAGGUGCUAUGGACAAUCCAGCAAAACCUCAGGUAGAGAAUAGCAACUCCAGAGGUUCAGGGGUAGGCUUGCACAGUUCUUUAGGUCCAGUAUUCGGUCAUUAAAAAAUCGAGAUAGACUGCAAGUCUGAGUUAGCUUUCUUCAUGAGCACAGAAUGAAGCCGGUACCGGCAGGGGUUAUUCCCUAAAGUCCUCAAGGGAGAUGGAUGAUGAGAUUUUUCAACUUGAGCAUGUAAUUUAUUUAGAUUUAGAUUAAACAAAGAGUUGAGAGACGGAUUUGAAUAGCUUUCUUAGUCUGCAUAACUGCAGCUUCACAGAGGCUUUCGUAUCGGAGAAUUAUGUUUAUGCAAACCAAUGAAAUGGUGAAUAAUGAUGAGUGAUAGAUAGAUAGAGAUAUAAAAUAGUCAUGGAUACUUUCUCAUCAGCAGUGUAAGAAUCCCAAAGCUUUCAUAAAUGAAAAGAUGUUUAAUCUUGGUAAUA